UCCAAAGUAUGCGAGGCAUGCAGCUGCAGCAGCAAUACUGCCAUUUUACAGCUAGGGCAUCGGCCCGCCUGCCUCCUGCCUCCUGCCUCCUGCCUCCUGCCUCCGCCUCAUUUUUUAUCCGAAAGAGGGGGAAAAAAAAAGCAGCAGCAGAACCUGCACAAUGCCCGAACAAAGAGAACGUCUUUGCGAGUUCGAGCUCCAUGUCGCAGUAUAACUGAAACGGUCGGUUUGGUUAACAGCGCGCUCGUACAUGGCCUCGCUGCUGUCGCUCCGCCUCGUCGCCGUUGCGCUCCUCCUCUUCCUUCCGUCCGGGAGGCCUGAUCUGGCCUCCGACACUGCGGCGCUCGUCGCCCUGCGCGAUGCCGUCGGCCGGUCCGCGCUGCGCACCUGGAACUCCUCCGUCCCAGCUUGCAACUGGCCGGGUGUUUCCUGCGUGUCCGGGCGCGUCCGCGAGCUCCGCAUCCCCGGCGCUGGUCUCAUUGGCCAGAUCCCCUCUGCCGUCGGUAGCCUCACCGCCCUCCGUACGCUCAGCCUCCGUUUCAAUGCCCUCGCUGGCCCUCUCCCUCCCGAGCUCGCGGGCCUCACCGAGCUCCGUAACCUCUACCUCCAGGAUAACCGCCUCACUGGCGAGAUCCCCGCCUUCUUUGCCUCCCUGAAGAACCUCGUCCGCCUCGACCUCGCCGACAACCGAUUCACCGGCGGGAUCCCGCCCGAGCUCAACAACCUCACUCGCCUUAGCACGCUCUACCUGCAAGUCAACCAGCUCCGUGGCGAGAUCCCUGCCCUCCCCAACCUUGCACAGUUCAACGUGUCGUACAACGAGCUCAACGGAUCCAUCCCGGCCAGCCUCCGCUUAUUUCCCAGGAGCGCGUUCCUGAACACAAGUCUCUGCGGUGCCCCCCUUGGACCCUGUCCUAGCGAGAUCGUGCCUGCUCCGCCAACAGAAGGAGCGUUUGCGGUCAAUGCCAGCGGCGGCGUGGUAGACAGCGGCAAGAAGAAGAAGCUCUCGGGAGGGGCAAUUGCCGGGAUCGCGAUCGGUGGCGCCUCCCUUGUGUUUGUCCUGGUCGUCGUGCUUCUCCUUCUCUGCAGUGAAAGAAGGUCGCAGUCAUCGGGAGCAGCAUCUGCUAACGAGAAGCCGAAGGAGAUGAGAGCGAUUACAGAGCAAAGGGAUAAUGAGGGUUUGACCGGCGGAGGGAACGGGAACGGGAACGGCCCGGCGGUGAUUUCGGCUACUGCGGCCUCCGCAAAAGCUUCCUCCAACACCAACAACCUGGUGUUCUUCGGCAGCGCACGAACGACGACGAGGCCGUUCGAUCUGGAGGAUCUGCUGCGGGCGUCGGCAGAGGUGCUGGGGAAGGGCACUUUUGGAACGACGUACAAGGCGGUGCUUGAAUCAGGGAUGACGUUCAGCGUGAAGCGUCUGAAAGAGGUGAACUUGCAGGAGAUGGAGUUGAAGGAGAAAAUCGAAGAUAUCGGCGUCAUGGACCACGCCAACCUGGUGCCCCUCAUGGCCUACUACUUCAGCAAGGAUGAGAAGCUUCUGGUCUACGAGUACGUGCCCAUGGGAAGCCUCUCUGCCCUUCUACAUGGCAACAGAGGAUCUGGUCAAACUCUCCUCAACUGGGAAACAAGAACUGGGAUUAUACUCGCAGCUGCACGAGGCCUAGAAUACAUUCACUCCACAAGCCCUUCAGCCUCUCAUGGCAAUAUAAAGUCUUCCAACAUCCUCCUCACCAAGUCGUAUGAAGCCCGAGUUUCUGAUCAUUGCCUGGCUCUUCUUGUGGGGUCAACAUCAUCGACAUCUGGUCGCGUUGCAGGCUACCGAGCUCCAGAGGUCACCGAUACCCAAAAGGUUUCGCAGAAGGCUGAUGUGUACAGCUUCGGGGUCCUGCUUCUUGAGCUACUUACUGGCAAAGCCCCAGCACAGGUCCUCAUGAACGAGGAAGGAGUUGACCUCCCGAGAUGGGUGCAAUCGGUCAUCAAAGAGGAGUGGACGUCCAAGGUGUUCGAUGAGGAGCUACUGAGGUACCAGAAUGUGGAGGAGAACAUGGUGCAGCUCCUGCAACUUGCUAUAGAUUGUGUGGCACAGUACCCAGACAAGCGGCCAUCCAUGUCUGAUGUGGUGCUCCGUAUCGAUGAGAUUCGGAAAUCAAGCCUCGCAUCCUCCUACCAAGAUCACCAGAGUGCUCCACAAAGCAUCGAAGGUGGCAAUUAACAGUAGCUCACAGGAGCUAGGCCUGCUUUACCUUGAGUUACUCAACAAUGUAUUGGUCCACGUCCUAGUUAGUUUCUUCAUUCCUUGUGAUUAAGUAGUUUGCUAUAUGAUCUUUUAUUUCUAAAAGCACACGCUGUUGUUCCUCUUCUAAUCAGGUGGAAUCGGUUUUUAGGAUAGACAAGUUGUGUCUUAUGCAGGUAGUACGUUCAUGGAUGAAAGUAGGCUCCUUGUGAUUAACUAAUUGUUGAGUUUGUUGGGAAUUAGUUGACAAUGACAGAAUCUUGUGUUAGAUUUCAAUUUC